AUGGCCCUAAGAAUAUUAUCUUGUUUCGUCUUAGGUGAUGAUGAUUAUUUUCCGGUUGAUAUUGGCAACCAAACUUUCGUCAAUAAUGUUGCUAUCUCUUUUGACGAUUUCACCGUUGGACAUCUCAAGAAGCUCAUCUGGGAACAGAAAAAAGAUGACCUUGUUGACUUUGGAAAAUUGAAUCUUUGGAAGGUUGAGAUUCCUACUGACAAACCAAAAAUACUAGAAGUACUCAAGUCUCUUACUGAGCUUGACAUUAAACGAGAAUACGGAGGUGUGAAACUAUCGACUCCGGAUGACGAUAUUAAGGACCAUUUCCCCAGUCAACCUCCAAAAAGACACAUCCAUAUUAUUGUACAACCCCUCGCCACCACCGCUGGCGGUUCUGGAACUGGAAAGAGCAGAUUUCUCGAUGAGAUUGAAAACUUGCUCAAGGAAUGCGCUGAGAAAUGUAACGAUGAAGAAAUCCGUAAUGCUUUUGCCAACAUGAUCGUCAUCAACACAACGUAUGGGAAUGGAUCCACUGCUGACAAUAUAGAUCAACGGAUUGGGCCUCAGGCAUCUCUUGCAAUACGUAUUCUGUUUGAGUACUUCCGACCUCAACAUAACUUUAGUGAAUUUGAUUUUCCUAGCUUCCGCGCAUACUGCAAUCAAUCAGACAUUUCAGAUUUUGCCCUGAACAUUGCUCUUCGAGUUAUCUACAUUGACAAGAUGGAAGCGAAACAAGCAACAAUCUCUCAUCCUCUAUUAGUUGUGGUAGUUGGAAUUGAUGAGUUCAACAAACUGCAUGAUAUAGACAAACAAACCUCAAAGAGCCUCAUAAAUACCAUUGGAAGCUCGAUGUGUAGAGCACCUGCAGACAUUUUUUUCAUUCCCAUCCUGGCUGGAACAAUUGAAGGACCUAUAGAAGAAUAUAUCACAGGUUCUAUGCAUCAACCACUUCACCUCCCACUACACCUCCUUGAAGAGCAUCAUGCAAUAAAGAUUGGCAAGGCUAUGAAUCUAUUCAAUGAUGAUUAUGUCACUUAUAGUCUUUAUUUUCAACAUAGUAUCAGUGACCAUGGAGGUCAUGUGAAAGCUUUGGAGUAUUUCUAUGAUUUUUUUUCACAAGAAUUAAGAAAAUGUCAAGAUCCUGAUAAAGUGAAAAUUGAGAAAGUCAUGGAACGGGUCAAAGACUCUAUCCAAGAAAAGUAUUGCUUUGAUUCAUUCUCAAAUUUGACAGAACCUCUCAUAAAAGCUAUAUUGGGCCUGCCAGUUAACAAACAUGAUAAGACCACACUUGAUGAUGAAUCAAAAAUAAGCUACCAAAAACUCAGUUCAAGGGGGAUUGUGAAUUUGAUAAAAAAGGAUACAAGUUCCAAAUACUAUUUGCAGUUACUUUAUUAUUAUGUGUGGGUUAGUGCACUUGUUGAAGUUCAAGCAUCCAAACAUCCUGGGAUGAAGUAUUGGAAAGUCAUGCUUAACUAUGAUGAGCCAAUGUAUUGGCAGAACUUUGAGGAUUUCAAUGCCAAAUUCUGGGACAAUAUUGUUUUUAAAGGUGCAAAAUUUUCCAGUGAAUUUCCAGAUGUUGAAGUUGUCCUUCCUGAAGAUAUCAAAUUGUAUAAAUUGCAACAACAUAAACAGUAUCCAGUUACCCCAACUAACCAGAAUAAAGAAGUGAAAUAUGAUGGCAAUAUGGAAGUGACACAUGGCUAUAUCACAUUCGAUUAUUUGAAGAAUGAUUAUAUCAAGAAAUAUAUGGGUCAUAUCUUCUUAAAUGCACCUGGGGCAGACCCUUUGAUGUCUUUGGAUUUCUUAAUAUGA